GCGAUGUCCGCGAGACAGGCUAGUGCCGCGGCGGCAGCGGCGGGGCCUCGCAUGCGGCAGGGCGGCCUGGCAUUCGGCCUCCGUCCGGUUCCCGGGAAGCGGGCCGGCGGCAAGUGCAGGAGCAGCAGCGGCACAGGCGGAGACUCUGGCGCGUCUCUCUUCUCAGCCUCAGCCUGAGCCCGGGGAGGCCAGGCGGCCCGGGGGAUUAGAGGGGGUCCGCUGCCCGAGAAUGGGAAUUCUCUUCACCCGGAUCUGGAGACUGUUCAAUCACCAGGAGCACAAAGUUAUCAUUGUUGGGCUGGAUAAUGCAGGGAAAACUACCAUUCUUUACCAAUUUUCUAUGAAUGAAGUUGUGCAUACAUCCCCUACAAUAGGAAGUAAUGUAGAAGAGAUAGUCGUUAAUAAUACCCGUUUCCUAAUGUGGGAUAUUGGUGGCCAAGAAUCUCUUCGUUCUUCCUGGAACACCUAUUAUACUAACACUGAGUUUGUAAUAGUUGUUGUGGACAGUACAGACAGAGAAAGGAUUUCUGUAACUAGAGAAGAACUCUAUAAAAUGUUAGCACAUGAGGACCUAAAGAAAGCUGGACUGCUGAUUUUUGCUAAUAAACAAGAUGUUAAAGAAUGCAUGACUGUAGCAGAAAUCUCCCAGUUUUUGAAACUCACUUCUAUUAAAGAUCAUCAGUGGCAUAUUCAGGCAUGCUGUGCUCUUACUGGCGAAGGACUAUGCCAAGGACUUGAAUGGAUGAUGUCACGACUUAAGAUCAGAUGAUCUCUACUGACCUCUUCUCAAUGACAUUGUGUAGAUGAAGUACUGAACUUUACCUGAAAACUGCAAAGAUGAAUGGUUCACAUAUAUUUAUAAUAAACUGAUUUAAACUUUUUCUAUAAGAAGAAAAAUUAAGACCACUUAUUUGAAAACACAAGUGAAAGCUCAUCUUUUAAUUUGCUUUUUCAUUAUUUCCUUCCAAAAGUAAGGUCUUAAAGCUGUGAUUGACUUUUCCUCAUAAUGAAUCCUCUCAGGACAUUGUACAGCCCAUGGUAAGUAAAAAGGGAGAGGAAGACAUUUUCAUCUUUGAUAACUGUUUUAUCAGUAUAGCCCUCCCUGUUUAAUGUUGUUCUCUCAUCUUGUUCCAUUAAGUCAAAGUACAAAUCAGCACAGACAGGUUCCAAUAUUUUAAAAUGUUGUGUUACUAUUGAAAAGUAUUUCAUGUAAGGCUCUGUGUGUAUUGUGUAUAUACCUCACAUUCAAGUUAAUGGCUUUGAUUUAUGUGCUAAAGAAAAACAACACAAAAAUUCCUAUCCUUAAUUAUAACCAUAAUGACUUGAGUACUGGCAUGGGUGUUAAGUGUCAUUUUGUACUUUUACCUUUAUGUUCUCUGUAUUGUACUAACCUAUCUCCAGAAUCAUUAAGCUGCUU